CGACGCGGCUUCGCCUUCAGUGCUCCGACGAUGGAGUCCCAGUAGUAGCUGAUUCCCGAAAGUGGCUGGGGCUCCCCCAAGGAUGAAUCGCUGCGUUCCCGAUUUCGAAAUGGACGACGGCUGCUCCCUCCCUUCCCUCGCCCGCCCCCGCAAGUCCGACCUGGCUGGCGACGAGAUCGUGGAGCUGCUGUGGCAGAACGGCCCCGUGUUCAUCCCGAGCCAGCGAUCGGCGAAGAAAUCCGAACCCUCCGAGUUCGGCGGUUACCAGCUGGUCGCCGCCGCCGCCGCCGACCAAGCCACGCCCUGCGCGAUCCCCAACCAGUCUCAUCACCAUCACCACCACCACCACCAUCAGCAGCAGCAGCAGCAGCAGCAGGAGAGCCUCUUCAUGCAGGAAGACGAGAUGGCAUCCUGGCUCCACUAUCCUCUCCACGACACCUCCUUCGUCGCCGAUUUCUGCUCCGAUCUUCUCUACCCUCCUCCUUCCGUCAACAACAUCGCCGCCGCCGCCGCCGCCGCCGCCGCUCGCGCUGCUCCCGCUGUCGCGGAGCUCCGGCAGCAACCGCCUCCGAAGCCGCCGAUGGCGAUGGCUCCUCCGAGGAGAUUCGAGAACUUCGGCCACUUCGCGAGGCUGAAUCGGCCUAGGGUCGACGAGUCCGGACCGUCCGAUUCGUCUCGAGCGGCUAACGGGUCGACCGUGGUGGAUUCCAGCGGGACGCCCGCGGUGGGGCCCGGCUCUAGGGUUUCCGAGGCAUUGCAUUACGACGCCUCGCGCGGGACCGCUGACGGUGGAGCGGCGGCCUUGGCCGCGUCGUCGGCCGAUGGCGGCGGUCGCGAGAUGGUGACGUGCGAGUUGACAGUGACUUCGUCGCCGGGUGCCUCCAGCGCCUGCGCCGAGCCUCCGCCGCCUCAGAAGUCGUCGACGCCGCUGCCGCCGCCGGAGGACAGGAAGCGGAAGGGGAUCGAGAUCGAGAUCGACGCCGACGCCGACGCCGACGCCGACGCCGACGAGUGCAACAGCGAGGAUGUUGAGCUUGAAUAUGCCGAUGCAAAGAAACAAGCACGUAGUUCCACAUCUACUAAGAGGUCUCGAGCUGCAGAGGUCCACAACCUGUCAGAGAGGAGACGGCGGGAUAGGAUAAAUGAAAAAAUGAGGGCGUUACAAGAAUUAAUUCCGCAUUGUAACAAGGCUGAUAAGGCUUCGAUGCUGGACGAGGCAAUUGAGUACUUGAAGUCGCUUCAAAUGCAAGUGCAGAUGAUGUCCAUGGGAUGCAGCGUUGUACCGAUGAUGUUUCCAGGUGUUCAUCAGUAUAUGCCCCACAUGGGGAUGGGUAUUGGCAUGGCGAUGGGUAUGGAUAUGGGAAUGAAUCGCCCUAUGUUGCCUUUUCCAAACAUGUUAUCUGGUUCAGCACUGCCGACACCAGCAGCUGGAGCUCAUCUGGGACCAAGAUUUCCUAUGCCAACCUUUCAUAUGCCUCAUGUUCCUGCACCUGAUCCAUCCAGAAUUUCCCCGACCGUCCAGACUGAUCCUUUGUUAAGCUCUCUUGCUUUGCAAAGUCAAAAUCAGGCAAGGAUCCCAAACUUUAUUGAUCCUUACCAACAGUACUUUGGCCUCCGCCAUAUGCAGUUGCCACUGCAGAAGAAUCAGACUCCCUCAGGUAUCGGCAAGCCAAGUACCAGCAAAGUAGGGGAGAAUCUUGAAAAACCUCCAUCAGGCUGAGCAUUGGCAGAAUAUACGGAAGGGCUCUUGCCAUCCAAGUUUUGUAGGGUAUAGAAGUAGAACAGAAUACCAACAUCAGAGAAGCAAGCUUUUCUGCAUGGGCAGGAAAUUUUCCCUUGACACGGCUAACAUGUAAUUAUUACUCAGCAGUAGAAUCAGAAUGAUUUUUUUUGUUUUAUUUUUAAUUUCAACUUUCUUCCUAUACUACCUUGUCAUUGUAAGUUUAAAAAUACUUGAAGCUUGGAAAAUUUCGACCCCA